AUGGAACUCAGAACUGGGACAUUCUGGCUGACACGAAUUGUACUUCUAAGAUAUGUUGCAUUCAUCUAUCUUAUAGCAUUUCUGGUGGCCUACAAUCAAAAUGAAGCUCUCAUCGGAAAAAAUGGAUUACUGCCUGCUCAUGUUCAUUUGAAUCGCAUCAGCAAAGCAUCCAAUGGAGGUUAUUGGUCAAAACUUCAUAUGGCUCCAACAGUUUUAUGGUUCUUCAAUUACAACAACAAUAUAGAUGAGAUCUUGAAUAGUAUAUCUUUUACUGGACUUUUGUUGUCUAGCUUUGUAAUAAUAAAAGGCUCUUCAAAUUUUGUAAUUAUGUUGUCACUGUGGUUUCUCUACCAUUCAGUUGUCAACGUUGGACAAAGGUGGUAUUCAUUUGGCUGGGAAUCCCAACUUCUUGAAACAGGGUUUUUAGCUGUCUUUCUCUGUCCUUUUUUUAGUUUGAAAAAAUUUCCAAAGACUGUUCCCUGCUCAUUUUUAAUAAUUAUGUUAUACAGAUGGCUCAUUUUCAGGAUCAUGCUUGGUGCUGGUCUCAUUAAAUUAAGAGGAGAUAGGUGCUGGUGGGACUUGACAUGCAUGAAUUAUCAUUAUGAAACUCAGCCAGUACCAAAUCCUAUAAGCUACUACAUGCACCAAGAGCCUGUUUUCUUUCAUAAGUUUGAGACCAUGGUCAAUCAUUUUGUGGAGUUGAUUGCUCCGAUUUGUUUGUUGAUGCCUAGAAAGUUUUGUAUUUUUGGAGGACUUGUUCAAAUUGUUUUUCAGAUUGUGUUAAUUAUCAGUGGAAACUUAAGUUUUCUCAACUGGCUAACAAUUGCGCCGUGUCUUGCAUGUUUUGAUGAUCUUUCACUUUCAUAUUUCUUUUCAAAAACUGAAGUGAUUAAUGUCAAAUUGAUUCAAAGACAAAACGAGCUUGAGAAACAAACACCUUUGAUAUUGGCGAACUUUGCAAGAAAAUGUACAAACUGGUUGUUUGUAUGUGUGAUAGCCUAUCUAAGCAUUCCAAUAGUUCAAAACCUGUGGUCACCUAACCAGAUUAUGAACACUUCGUUUGAACCCUUGAGAAUUGUAAAUACAUAUGGCGCCUUUGGCUCAAUCAACAAAAAACGAACAGAAGUUAUUUUUCAAGGAACAUAUUCUGCUGACCCCAUGAACUCUGAUGCCAAUUGGCUAGAAUAUGAAUUCAAGUGUAAACCAGGCAAUGAAAAACGAUGGCCUUGUGUCAUAUCACCAUAUCACUACCGACUCGAUUGGCUUAUGUGGUUUGCAGCUUUUCAAAAUUAUCAGCACAAUCCUUGGCUCUUGCACCUUGGCCUGAAAUUUUUAUCGAAUGACAACAAAACAACAAGCCUUGUUUCACACAAUCCAUUUUCUGGCAAACAACCGCCAAAAUGGAUUCGGGCUGAACAUUACCAGUAUUCGUUCACAAAGAUAGGAUCUAACUCUGCAAAAGAAGGCAAAUGGUGGAAAAGAAGACACAUAGGAUCCUACUUGCCUCCCAUCUCUCUUGAGACUGCCAAACAUCUUGUCGACCGUUUCUAUUUGAUUGACUGA